AUGGACAAAAUCACUUCCGAGGCAUCAUAUCUCACAACGGGAGUCGUUUACACCGCGCUACCAUGUCUGAUCUUGCUCCUUGCGACAUUCUGGACACGGCGACGAAAAAGGGUCAAGGACCUCGCGGCAUUUGCUGCUGCGCAUGGAUGCCGACCGGCACAAAAGCACCUAUCUAAUCCCUGGUGGCCACCGUUGGGACUUGACAAAGCACUUCCCACAAUCAAAGCAGAUCGGGCUGGUCGUUUGCCUCCUUUCAUGCUCCAAGAGUUCGAGAAACAUGGACACACUUACACUCAACGCGUCAAUGGGCAAUUGGUGGUGCUGACUAGGUCACCGGCCAAUGUCCAUACCAUUUGCAAGUACCGGUUCAAAGAUUACGAGCUGGGUGCCGACCGUGCAGGUAACUUUCGACCGUUGAUUGGACACGGGAUCCUUUCCCUGGAUGGAAGGGAAUGGACGAGGUCUCGAGCCAUGCUAAGACCUCAUUUCAAUCGCAGCAUCGAGCAGGACUUUGUUCGACUCGAAGUUCACGUGCAAAGAUUGCUGGGUAGAUUGAAGGCGAACGAUCACGGCCGGGCGAUUGACAUUGCAGACUUACUGCUCAAGCUGAGCACUGAUUUCGCGACGCAGACGGUAUUCGGUCACUCGACCGACACUUUGGUGUUUGACAUGAAGCACUGGUCCGGGGAACAGGACAAAGGGAGUGCGGGCGAGUUCUCGACGGCCCUGGGCCACGCUUUGCACAUGCUGGGCCAACGAGGUCAACUGCUCAAUUUCUACUGGCUUCGCGAUUCGCCGCGGUUCCGGAGAUCGUGUCGAACCUGUCGGGCGUUUGUCGGUAGAUACCUGACGGAAGCAAUGUCGGGGCGGCGGUCCGGGGCUUCGAACCAAGCCAAAAAAUCAGAAGAAGAGGAGGGCCAAGUAACAACAAGCUCCCAGGGCGCAAUUUCAUUCAUGCACUCUCUCGUCGCCAAGGAGACUGUCCCGACGGGGGUGAUGCGAGACCAGCUCCUCUCGUUGCUCCUGGCGAGUAGAGACACGACGGCGUCGUUUGCCAGCUGGGUCGUGUACGCACUGGUCAAGCAUCCCCGGGUGAUCGCCAAGCUUCGUGGCGCCAUCCAGACUCGUCUCCCACAUGGCACGGUGCCCGGUGCGGCCGACAUCUCAGCCUUGACUUAUCUACGCCACGUCCUGAACGAGACCAUGAGAAUCUUCCCGGUAGUGCCCUUGAACGGGAGGACCGCCCGCGUCGACACCGUGCUCCCCGAGGGAGGCGGCGAGGACGGUCAGAGCCCACUGUCGGUCCCCGAGGGGACGAAGAUAGGGUUCAACAUUUACGCCCUGCAGCACCGCCGGGACAUCUUUGGCGAAGAUGCGGAUGACUUCCGACCCGAGCGAUGGGAGAGUGAUGGUGCGUCGGGAGACUUUGAAGGUGCUUUUGCUCCCUUCAUUCUCGGCCCUCGGGUCUGUUUGGGUAUUGUGCGACUAUUGCAAAGUCUCGAACGGCUAGGCCCGGCCGAGGCUCCCGAGUCAACAGUCCGUACGAAGGUGACCAACACGAGCAACUGGCCCAGUGAGGAGACUCGAUACGAUAUGGAGGAUGGAGCUACGACGUUUGGUAUUGGAAUCACCAUGGCACCUCGGGAUGGUGUGUGGGUUAAGAUCUGA